CUCCUCCCCUCCCCACCCUCCCCGCUUCCCUCUCCGCUUCCCUCUCCUCCCUCGCUCCGGCCCCGUUGCUCUUCCUCCCUCCCACCCCCCUCCACCCCGGGCCGGCUCCCUACCUCGUCCCUCGUCCCGGCCAGCUGUGCCCGGCGCCUGUCGGUUGCCCUCCGCCCAGCCCUCCCGCCCCGCGGAUAUGGAGCUGCCCCAGCCGGAGCCCGCGCCAGGCUCGGCUCUCAGUCCGGCCGCCGUGCGCGGUGACGCCCAGCGUCCGGGCUACCUUCCGGGCCUCCGCCUGGGAGCUCACAGCCUCCUGGGGUCCCCGGAGCGCGCGACCGCUUCCUCGCCAGUCAGCACCCUCACCCAGACCAUGCACGACCUCGCCGGGCUCGGCAGCGAGACCCCAAAGAGUCAGGUAGGCAGCCUGCUCAAAUGCCUAUCCCUGUCCCGUCGGGCGUCUGAAUCCUCCCUGUCGUCUGAGUCCUCUGAAUCUUCUGAUGCAGGUCUCUGCAUGGACUCUCCCAGCCCUAUGGACCCCCAAGUGGCGGAGCAGACGUUUGAGCAGGCCAUCCAGGCAGCCAGCCGAGUCAUUCGAAAUGAGCAGUUUACCAUCCGACGCUUCCAGUCCUUGCCGGUGAGGCUUCUGGGUCACAGCCCUGUGCUACGGAACAUCACCAACUCCCAAGUGCCUGGCACCUGGAGGAAGAGUGCGGCGUGUGUCCGAGCUGCCCACCGCUCUGAGGAGGACAAAGAGAAUGAUGGAUUUGUCUUCAAGAUGCCGGGAAAGCCCACCCAUCCCAGCCACACUCAUGUUCUGGCAGAGUGGGCCAGCCGCAGAGAAGCCUUUGCCCAGAGGCCAAGCUCAGCUCCCGACCUGAUGUGUCUCACCCCUGAGCGGAAGAUGGAAACAGAGGAACUGACUCCCCUGGCCCGAUGCCGCUUCUCCCUGACCCCCACUGAGAGGGCUGCCGAAGAAGAUGAUGGAUUCGUGGAUAUCCUGGAGAGUGACUUAAAGGAGGAAGAUGUAGUCCCCCCAGGCAUGGAGAGCCUUAUUAGUGCCCCGCUGGUCAAGACCUCAGAAAAGGAAGAGGAGCAGGACCUCAUCAUGUACAGCAAGUGCCAGCGGCUCUUCCGCUCCCCGUCCAUGCCCUGCACCGUGAUCCGGCCCAUCCUUAAGAGGCUGGAGCGCCCCCAGGACAGGGACCUGCCUGUACAGAACAAACGGAGGAGGAGCGUGACCCCUUCAGAGGAAGAGCAGCGGGAGGCUGAGGGGCCUAAAGCCCGUGUUCUCCGCUCUAAGUCCUUAUGUCAUGACGAGAUCGAGAACAUUCUGGACAGUGACCACCGAGAACUGAUCGGGGAUUACUCCAAGGCCUUCCUCCUACAGACUGUGGAUGGAAAGCACCAAGACCUCAAGUACAUCUCACCAGAAACGAUGGUGGCCCUGCUGACAGGGAAGUUCAGCAACAUCGUGGAGAGGUUUGUGAUUGUGGACUGCAGAUAUCCUUACGAGUAUGAAGGCGGGCACAUCAAGACUGCUGUGAACCUGCCUCUGGAACGUGACGCCGAGACCUUCCUGCUACAGAGCCCCAUCACACCCUGCAGCCUGGACAAGAGAAUCAUCCUCAUUUUCCACUGUGAAUUCUCAUCUGAGCGGGGGCCUCGCAUGUGCCGUUUCAUCAGGGAACGAGACAGGGCCUCCAACGACUACCCCAGCCUCUACUACCCUGAGAUGUAUAUCCUCAAAGGCGGCUACAAGGAAUUCUUCCCACAGCACCCGGCGUUCUGUGAGCCCCAGAACUACCGGCCCAUGAACCACGAGGCCUUCAAGGACGAGCUGAAGGCCUUCCGCCUCAAGACGCGCAGCUGGGCUGGGGAGCGAAGCCGGCGGGAGCUCUGCAGCCGCCUGCAGGACCAGUGAACCGCCAGCAACCAUCCCACCCAUCUUCCUUGCCUUGUGUGACCUGGGCACCAGCAGCCCAGUGGCUUGCAGGGCCGAGGGUCUGCUAGAGGCCCCAGGUGCUGUCCAGAUGAAAGACGGUGAUGGUGUCCCGUCCAUCUGCUCCCGCCCUGACGCCUCUGUCUCACUCCAGUCAUACUCCAUAUCCUGGUGACACCCCCACCCCCACCCCGGAAGAGCCCAGCCUGCUGACUUAGUGCAAUUGGAUUAAGUCUAGCUCAAAGGAAGUAUUCUGUGUCCAGCAGGAGCCUUUUGUUUUUUUCCUUCCUUGUUUGGGUUAACUGUUUGUCUUCCUGUAUCCAGAAAAGCCCCCCUUUUUUCUAGGGGCUUUGCUUGUAUGUAUGAGGCUGAGGGAGAGCGACAGCCCCCAAGAUGGGCAGCAGCUGUGCUCCUGGCCCUAGGGGUCAGCGCUGCCCUGCCCCAGGCCAUCUACAGCACUUCCAAGUGUGUCCUCAUUGCUCCCCUCUCUCUUCCCCUCCCUCCUGUCCCUCCAUGUGAACACAUCCAGCACAGACAUAAGCUCUUACUCUUUCCUGUUUCAAUGUUAUCUGCAUGCUUGAUUUGUCUGGUUUGCCCAUCUCAGGAUGUUCACAGGCUGAGGUUUAGGCUCCCCUUGUCCAGCUAGGGCUAAGGGCUCAAACAUUAAUAACUCACUUGGCCCUGGCUUCUGUUGCUUCAGAAAAGGAUGUUAUUAUUUGCAGGGGCCUUUUGGAUGAGGGCUAAGGCCUGUGUCCUGAGCCCACUGGAAGCCCAGCUCUCGAUACUGUGAACCCCAGAGCCUGAAGCCAUUUCAGAACUUGCUGCUGUCUUGUCAUGGACGGACAGACGGAUGAAUGGAAGAGUGGUGGACGGAUGGAUGGCCAGGAAUGCACACUGCCUUGUCCACAAACUGCUGAGUGGAAACAUUUCAGUGAGUGUGACAGCCUGCGGCCGGAGUAUAUGUGUGCCUGUCUGUGUGGACAAAAAUCUCUACACUUUAAGGUUUGGAGAUAUUCAAAAGGAACUGUCAUGGAAGCAGCUAAACCAAGGACAACCAUCUCUGGAUUCUGAAUCUCAGGAAGUGGGCAGGGCUUUUUGAAGGCCCUGAUGAGUCAUCUGCUAGGGUCUUGGUUCAAUAAAGCACUGAGCAAGUUGA